AUGGCCAAGAAUUGGGCCGAUCUCCUCCCAGAGCUGCUGGAACUGUGCUCAAGACAACUUCUUCUGGAGGACUGGUUCGCAUUCCGAUCCGUGUGCUCAACAUGGCGUGCUGCCGCAUUCGAAGAGAGGUUCAAUGUGCCAUGGUUGAUGAUCGCGGACGAUAUCUUCGCGGACGAUAGGAGGACCAAUACCGAGUGGGCCGAGUUCUACAGCCUCUUCAGUUCGCGAAUUCACAAAGUUGUCAUGCCGAAUGCGAAGGAGAAGAGGUGCUUGUCUUCGCGGGGUUGGAUCUUCACCAUUGACAUGGGCUCGCAAGUACACAUGCUGAAUCCCCUGUCACGUGCCGUCAGUCGCUAUUGCGACGGCAUCAUUAAGCUCCCUAGUGUGCACGAAUUCUCCUCCUGGGAUCCCGAAGAUUAUGAACCAGAAACCAGGUACGCGAAAUUUGUCUUGUCGGCAAGCCCCGCUUCAUCUCCAAACUACAUGGUCAUGGUCACAUACUUGAACUCUAAACGACUAGGCUUAUGGAAACCUGGCAGUGAGGAGUGGAAAGAGUUGACUUGGCUGGGCGAUCCAGUUCUUGAUGUCAUAUAUUAUAAGGGGCAAUUCUUUGCAGUUGACUGGUUAGAUGAGAUAUUAGUGUGUGAUGUUGAUAGACCAGAUCCAACAGCUCAAGUUAUACUAAAGAAGCCUUUGGAAUUUCGAGAUCACUUCGAGUUUUGCCAGAUGUAUCUGGUGGAGUUGGCGGGCCGUCUCUUGCUAGUUGCAAGAUUGGCACAACAAGAUGGUGCAACCAGCGGAUUCCGGGUUUUCGCCAUUGAUUUAGAGGCUAGAAAGUGGACGGAGCUCGAGAGCUUGGAGAACGCAUCCCUCUUCGUGGGUUUUAACUCUUCCUUUUCGGUACAAGUUGAUGAGAACAGGCACGCCAUCAAGCCGAACUGUAUUUACUUUACCGAAUAUCUCCCUCAUAGGGAUACUGAAGGCAAGGAGGUGGGAAUAUAUCACAUGAAAGAUGGAAAAAUCGAACCAUUUUUUGAUGAAAAGAUUUAUAUUGAUUUUUCUCCGCCUCUAUGGAUUGAACUAGAUGCAGCACUAUAUCGAUCGGACCACAAGUUCAAGUAG